UAGUUCAAAAUUUUACACAUUUAUAAAUAAUUUCAGCAAUGUCGUCGAGUCGUCGACAGAAAGUUUUUGUGUUUUUGCUCAAAAGUAGAUAAAUUAGUAUUUUUUCCAAUAUUUAAAUGAGUAAUAUUCACCAAGGUUAACGAUUUUUCUUGUAGGCUAGAUAAUUUAAUUUGAAAAAGUGAUAAAGCUAACCUAGCAUGCUAAAGAAAAAGUUACAUAAAAAUGGGUUUCAUUAAGUUUGUUGGUAAAACAUGCGGUUUUAUGGGCUAUGUAGUACAAUAUGCAUGUGUCACCCACUGUACGUUUGAAUAUAUUGGAGAUUUUGUGAUGUGUUCCGGUCCAUCGAUGGAGCCUACCCUAGAAAGCAACAACAUAUUAUUAACAGAACACAUAUCCCCAAGACUCCAAACACUCAGACGAGGAGACAUUGUCAUUGCGAGGAGCCCGACAAACCCUAAACAGAAUAUCUGCAAAAGAAUUGUGGGCUUACCUGGUGAUAGCAUAAAGUCUCACUUCCCGAGACGAGCGAAAAUUGUUCCUAGAGGUCAUGUGUGGUUAGAAGGUGACAAUUCAGGCAAUUCAGCGGAUUCUAGGGUGUAUGGUCCUGUGCCACAGGGUUUAAUUAGGAGUAGGGUAGUGUGCAGAGUGUGGCCAUUAGAUAAAAUCACUUCAUUGACUGAAUAUUGAUUAUGUCAUUACCUUUAUUAUUUUUUGACAGGACUAAAACUAUCUGUAUUUCUUUCUUGCACAUAUUAUAAGUGAAGGACUUCUCUAAUUUAAGAGCUGGCAAACUAAAAUUAUGUUUUGUUAAAAUUUUAAUAUGUUGUUAAAAUUAUGUAGUCUCACAACAUUGAGCUUGGAUUUUUAGACAAGUAUUGCUAGUAAAUACUAUGGUGCUUAUUCGGGGCACACAAACUUAACCUAAUUUGACAAUUCUUAAAUUAGCGAGCGGUCCUUCACUUACAUUAUGUGCAAGAAAGAGAUGCAGACAGUUUUAGUCCUGUCAAAUUAAGAUUAAGUUUGUGGUUGCCCUAAUUGACUCCUAUGUCUAACAUAGAAGGCAUAUAUUGCUACUUAUGUUUGUACAUAACAUUUUUCAGUAAUGAAAAGAGAUGAUUUUAUGUAAUUACUCUAGAACAUCUUUUGUGAAGCAUUGAAAUUGUCGAGGUGAUUCAUUUAUACUUCCAGAGUUUGUGAGACUUCUUGGAAGUGGUACCAGGAGUGGAUCCAGCUUUUAUGACAGGUGAGGUGGGGGGAUGUCACCAGGGGCCUGUUUAAUAAAACUUACAAUUGUAAAUUACAACGACAAUUUGGUGUUCAUUACGUAGCUAAUAUGAAACUGCAAAAUAUUCGUGACCACACAGUCCGCAAUGUACAUCAAAUUGUCAUUGUAAUUUACAAUUGUAAGUUUUAUUAAACAGGCCCCAGGUUGCAGACAACCUAUCCCCCCCCCCUGGAUCCGCCCAUGAGUGGUACAUUUAAUUUCAAACCCCUGUCUUUCUACUUUCUAGGGACGGAGACUAGUUGGGAACUUAGUGUUAUUACAAAAUGAAGACUAAAGAUAAAGUAGGUUUAACCCUUUCACGGGCAGGGACCAUGGGUCAUUGAUGGUUCAUAAUAGGUAGUAUGACACCUUGGAAUCGGAACGUCAUUUCACGGUCUGCCCGUGAAAGCGUUAAAAUAAUAAUCAGCGCUACGAAAGAAGUCGACAUAUUUUAAUGAAACUAAUUGAAAAAUCAUAGUAAUUCUAUCUGACUGCAGAAUCUGCGACAGUUGCACUGCGGCCGCGGGACUUCUUUCGAGACACGGACUACAUUUUAAACGCAGUUUAUCUUUUAGUCUUGUUUUGUAAUAAGUAUUAAGAGUUUAUAUUGUAAACAAAAUAUUUGAAUAGAACUAGUGAACAAGACAGAUUUGUAGAACUUUCCAAAGGCACUAUACCUGUCCCUAAUAUUAAUCUAUAGUCUUGCGAGGUGAUACCUAAAUAUAUGAGUUUAUUAUUGUACAAAAUGUUCUGCAUAAUUAUACAAUUUUACGUUAAUAUAAAACUACUUAGUGCUGUUACAAAAGUUUUAAGUUCUAAAUAGAAUUUACAUGUUAUUGUUUGUAAAUAAAAGACGUUAGUUUUA